AUGCUAAAGAUGGCUUCCUCGAAACAACUAUCAGAGAGUCUAGAAUGUCCCAUCUGUCAUGACCUACUCUGCAAUCCUAAACUUCUACCAUGUUCACAUUCUUUUUGCACAAGUUGUUUGACCGAACUUCACUCUUUUCAGCAAGCUGAUUCCGGGUUAACUUGUCCAGUGUGUCGCCAAGAUGCAAAUGUUCCUGGAAAUGAUGUGUGUAACUUUCCGACAAACCUAAUAGUCAAGUCCCUUAUCGAAGAUUUCAAAAGAAGAUCAGAUGCUAAGGCUGAACGUAUCAAAGAGAGUGGAGCAACCACCAUUCAAACUUGCACGGUUUGCGAUGGUGAUAAUCAAGACAUUGCAACAUACUAUUGCCAGAACUGUUCGGAGUUUCUUUGCGAAGACUGCUUGCAACACCACAAUAGAUACAAGCGGAAUGCAUGCCACGAGACUGUGAAAGCAAAGGACAUCGAAAUGGGAGUUGUCAAAAGGAAAUCAACGUGCCCUGAACACCCACAGGAGCUACAGCAAUUCGUGUGUACUACGUGUCUGGUUCGGAUCUGUUGCAGAUGUCGGGAGGUCGAACACAGGGAAGAUGGACAUGAAGUCAUCGAGAUGAAUGGGUAUGAAGAAAGACAACAAAAGAAAAUGGAAUGUCUUUUACUGAAAAUAGAACAAACAUCUGUUGAUGUUCAGAAUGGCUUAUCUACUGUGAAUGAGAUGCUUCGAACAGUGAAAAAAGUUGCGUCUCAACGACGAACAGAAAUUAGAGAUGCUUACGACAUUGUAGUAGAAAUGUUCCGAAAGAAGAGAAAUGAAUUAUUCGAAAAAUGCAAUAAGCAUGACAACGCAUUACGUCUGGAGUUGGAAGAUAUCAUUGAGCGAUAUUAUGACUUCCUAGAGACUCUAACUAACAAGUUCACGCUUGUAAACGAGGGGGCAAGAAGUCUACACCGACCAGAUCAAUCACUGGCUGAGCAUACAACACGAGUCAAUGAGCUUGAAAAGGGUCUCAAAGCAGAUACACUCUCCCCACUUCUUGCUCAGGCAUCAAAGGUAGUCCUCCGGGCAGAGUCGCUGGUUUUUCGUCCGGCUGAUCAUACCGUUGAUCUUGGUACUGUUCAGGUCAUGGAUCAGCAACAAGGAAUUGGAGGAUCCUGUUUGUGA